AUGGCUAAUUACGGACCUGCAUAUGGAACACUGGCUAGUAAUCUAAUGAAGAUAGCGACAAAACGUGACCCAGAACUUGACAAGGAAGCACAAGAGUGGAUCGAAUCGGUAAUCGGUGAGAAAUUUCCAAAUCGUUCUUAUGAAGAUGCUCUCAGAGAUGGUAUCAUCUUGUGCAAAUUGAUGAACAAACUUCAACCGAAUGCCAUUCCGAAAUUCACUACAGCCAGUACAGGAUUCAAAUUACGCGAGAAUAUAUCGCUCUUCCAAAAUGCGGCUCGUGCAUAUGGUUUACUUGACCUUGACUUAUUUCAAACAGUGGAUCUUUACGAAAAGCGUAACAUUGCUCAAGUAACACAUUGCAUAUUUGCACUUAGUCGACAAGCUCAAAAGAAAAAUUUCAACGGAUCCGUACUCCGACCCCAUGCGCCCGAGUUCCGUCCUUGCGAGGUCCCUGAAAAACAACUGUUCGCCAAAAAAAGCCUGACCGGUCUUCUCGACGAAGCGUUGAUAAAAUUUGCGAAUCAUUCUGACUAA